UUAAGUUUUGACACCUCUCGGUUACUCUCUAAUAUUGUGUUAAUCCUCUAAACUUAACACCUUGCUUACUAUUAAACAAAUGCUUAAAAAGCUCGUAAAUACGCAACAAAAUACGUUCCCCGUGAGAACAACUCCUCAAGAGAUUCUCAUAUCUUCUUGGUUGUGUCAAAAAGUUGAAUAUUGUAGCCACAUAUGAUUCCCUACUAAACUACAACCAAGUCUUCACCAUUGAAUUCUCUCUCUACCAUUCUUUAUGAUUUUUUGACUUCGAGGAAGGGAGACUCUCAGUUAUAUAUUUGACUUUCUCCUUUGCAUGUAGGAAAUUUUAACAACUGGAGAGCAUAAAUGAUGGUUAUUGCCAUUCAAUUUCACAUAGGUAACCUUUCUAACUUGAUCAUCCAUUAGAUUACCUUUUGACCUCAUCUAGAGUUGUCAUGAAAUAGUCCACAAUCAACUAGUCAUGAAAAAGGAACAAGGCUGGUCUGUAUUCCGCCAGCAGUGAUCCCCCAUGCCCAACAAUCAAAAUAUAAACCCAAAGCAGGCAAGACAGAACCAACAAACUAGACCCAAUUACUAUCGAGACAAAAUAUGACAAAAUAAGACCAAAAAAGUAGUUGUAAGCAACUCUUUGAAGGAGCUGAUUGCCACAGAGAAGCAAUAAUCACGCCAAACCACCCACACAAGUAUUGGUCACUCCAAACCAGCUUUCUAGUGCUUAGUUGCACCCUUCAUAUGUGAAUCGAAGCACAUAAAAGGUAACAAAUCUAAAUUUUUGGACCAGUAUUAUUGAGAAUCAUUCUUAAUAGAAAAAAAAUGAUCUAGAUGACUUUAAAAAAUUCAGCAAAAACCACCAUAAUUACCAGCAAGGAGAGGGGACCCUAAAAAUGGUUAUAUUCGCCGGAAAAUUUUGUUGUAAUGCUGAUGUUAAAUGUUACGGCACUGUGUUGAGCAUGGAUUUACUUAUUAUAAUAGUAGUUUUUUCUCCCCAGGUUUCUUCUGUUGUAUUUUUUGAUGAUGUAUUGCCUUAGAUCAAUGCAGUGAUACUAAGUUGAAGCUUGCAACAAUUGAGUCUUACGGUUAUGAAAGAGAGGACAGAGAGAGAGAGAGAGAGAGAGUAAUCAACUGUAUGUAGGAUACAGUUGUUCUACACUUGGUUACUUAUUUAUAUUAGAAGGAUAUUAAAAGCAAUUAAAAUAUUGCCCUUCAAUAACAUGUUCACACUAAUAGAACCAGUGGAAAACAAGAUAGCUGACUGAAGGUGUGAUUUUGGCACGUGACCAUCAUUAUUGAUUUUUCAAGACAUGCAUACAUUGGCUAUCCUAUUUGGCAUCUCUCUCUCUGUGUGUGUGUGUGGCAGAUGUGGUGGCCUAGCAGUCGUGGCUCACAAGCCCUUGUCAGCUUUGUCUUAGAGCAGGAGCUUCCUUCGGAGACAUUCUCAUUAGUGGCUGAGGAGGACUCUGGAGAUCUUCGCAAGGAAGAAGGCCAAGAAACUCUGCGACGUAUUACUAAACUUGUGAACGAUACUCUUGCCCACGAUGGGACAUACAAUGUCUCUCCUUUAUCUGAAGAAGAUGUGCUUGCUGCCAUUGACAGUGGAAAAUCUGAAGGGGGUCCUCAUGGUCGGCAUUGGGUGUUGGAUCCUAUUGAUGGUACUAAAGGGUUUUUGAGAGGAGACCAAUAUGCUAUUGCAUUAGCAUUGCUAGAUGAAGGGAAAGUCGUGUUGGGAGUUUUGGCUUGUCCAAAUCUUCCUUUAGCACCCCUUGGCAGCCAAGAUAUACAGAUAUCUUGUGACAAAGUUGGCUGUCUUUUCUCAGCCAAAGUUGGUGCUGGAACCUAUAUGGCGGCACUAGAUGGCUCCCUGCCUGUGAAGCAACAUGCUCCUGAUUUUAUGUUUGAACAGAAACUUGGUGUUAAGGCACCCCCAGUUAGAAUCGAUAGUCAAGCUAAAUAUGGUGCUUUGUCCAGAGGAGAUGGAGCAAUAUAUCUGCGUUUUCCUCACAAAGGUUACCGUGAGAAAAUAUGGGACCAUGCAGCAGGAUACAUUGUUGUCGCAGGAGACCAAUAUGCUAUUGCAUUAGCAUUGCUAGAUGAAGGGAAAGUCGUGUUGGGAGUUUUGGCUUGUCCAAAUCUUCCUUUAGCACCCCUUGGCAGCCAAGAUAUACAGAUAUCUUGUGACAAAGUUGGCUGUCUUUUCUCAGCCAAAGUUGGUGCUGGAACCUAUAUGGCGGCACUAGAUGGCUCCCUGCCUGUGAAGCAACAUGCUCCUGAUUUUAUGUUUGAACAGAAACUUGGUGUUAAGGCACCCCCAGUUAGAAUCGAUAGUCAAGCUAAAUAUGGUGCUUUGUCCAGAGGAGAUGGAGCAAUAUAUCUGCGUUUUCCUCACAAAGGUUACCGUGAGAAAAUAUGGGACCAUGCAGCAGGAUACAUUGUUGUCGCAGGAGACCAAUAUGCUAUUGCAUUAGCAUUGCUAGAUGAAGGGAAAGUCGUGUUGGGAGUUUUGGCUUGUCCAAAUCUUCCUUUAGCACCCCUUGGCAGCCAAGAUAUACAGAUAUCUUGUGACAAAGUUGGCUGUCUUUUCUCAGCCAAAGUUGGUGCUGGAACCUAUAUGGCGGCACUAGAUGGCUCCCUGCCUGUGAAGGUGCAUGUCUGUUCUAUUGGAAACUCCGAAGAGGCGUCAUUCUUUGAAUCUUUCGAGGCGGCACACUCAAUGCAUGAUUUAUCAAGCUUAAUAGCAAAGAAACUUGGUGUUAAGGCACCCCCAGUUAGAAUCGAUAGUCAAGCUAAAUAUGGUGCUUUGUCCAGAGGAGAUGGAGCAAUAUAUCUGCGUUUUCCUCACAAAGGUUACCGUGAGAAAAUAUGGGACCAUGCAGCAGGAUACAUUGUUGUCGCAGAAGCAGGGGGUGUUGUCACAGAUGCUGCAGGAAACCAAUUGGACUUUUCAAAGGGAAAAUAUCUUGAUCUUGACACCGGCAUAAUUGUUACCAAUCAGAAAUUGAUGCCAUCUCUCUUGAAGGCUGUUAGAGAGUCUCUGAAUGAGAAGGCUUCAUCCUUGUGA